GAACUUCCAAAACAAUUCAAAAUGAUUUAUUGGAUUCUAUUCUGUCAGUAUGUCGAAAUAAAAUAGUAAAUGAAAUUGAACAGUCAGAAUUUAUUUCCAUAAUUGUUGAUGAAACUACUGAUAUUUCAAAUAUCUUUCAGUUGGUUCUUAUUAUUAGAUAUGAAGUGCAAGGUCGACCUGUUGAGCGGUUUUGGGGUUUUGAGAAUCCAAAUGGACAUAAUGCCGAAGCAUUAUCACAAACUAUUUUUGGUUUAAUUGAUCCACUUCUGGAAAAAUCGCCUAAUAAAUUGAUUGCUCAGUCAUACGAUGGUGCAGCGGUUAUGAGUGUCCAAAAAGGUGGUGUUAAUGUGAAGAUAAAAGAAAAGUAUCCAUUCGCCUUUUUUAUUCACUGUUAUGCUCACCAAUUGAAUCUAAUAACCAUACAAUCAAUUUCAAAAAAUAAGCAAAUUGUAUCAGUGUUAGAUGAAGUAGUCGGUGUUCGUUUGCCAAGAGCAGUACAGACUCGAUGGAACUUUAAUAUAAGAACCGUUAAUACUGUUUUUGAACACAGGGAAGACUUGAUUAUUUGUAUGGAUAAAAUAAUUGAAACAUCUUUAGUAUCUUUACAAGCUAAAACAAUUAAUCAAGCCACUGGUAUUAAAAGGCUCCUAGAAGAUACUGAUUUUAUUUUUUGGCUGAAUAUUUUUCAUAAAAUUAUGCCACAUGUUGACUGUUUGUAUAGUUCUGUCCAAGCUAGAAAAACAGACCCUGUUCAAGAAGUACUUAAAUUACUUAAACUAUUAGUCGUCAUUCCGAUGACAUCGUCGGAAGCUGAACGCGGAUUUUCGACGUUAAAAAGAAUUAAAACUUGUUUGCGAAGUACCAUGGGAGAAGACAGACUUAACGCUUUAUCUAUUCUUAGUAUUGAAAGUGAAAUGAUUUCAGAAGAUAUGGAAUUCAAUAAAAAGGUCAUCGAACAUUUUUCAUCAACAAAAAACAGGCGGAUGGAUUUUAUUCAUAAAAUAACUCCAUAA